AUGGCUCCCGCCCCAACUUCUGAUCCGCCGUCUCAGGCAGAUACGCCCAUGACCGACGCAAAUGAUGACCCUGUUACCACGGUGCCUGUUGAUAGCGCAGACGCGCAGAUGACGGUAGGUGAUGCUCGUUCUCCCGAUCCUGCUUCGCGCAGCACCUGUCGCAUCGAUGCCUACGCGCAAUUGCAUGAUUCGGAUACGAACCCCAACACUACGGCGAGCAGCGUUGCGGGCGACGCGGCUACGCCAGAUGGUCGGAGACGGAGAUCGGAGGCCGUUCAAUUGAGAAAAAGUAUUUUGGGCAAGAAGCACGGCCGUUUGGAUGAGUCGAAGACGAACCCCAACCCGCGAAUCAAAGAAAUCAUGGCCGAGAUUGACCGACAGAACGCGGAGAAAGAGGCGAAAGCACGAAAGGGAUCUUCGCGCUCUGGAGGUGCAGGCGGUGACCGGCGCCGCAGGACGGAGCAGGAGGAAGAUGCUGAACUUCUGAGAGAUGAGAAGCAUGGCGGCGGAACGACCACAGUCUUCCGAGAGUCCCCGGCUUUCAUUCACGGUGAACUGCGUGAUUAUCAGAUUGCUGGCUUGAACUGGCUUGUGUCCCUUCAUGAGAACGGUAUCUCUGGUAUCCUGGCCGAUGAAAUGGGUCUUGGGAAAACCCUCCAGACCAUUUCGUUCCUGGGAUAUUUGCGCUACGUUUGCGAAAUCACCGGACCUCAUCUGAUCGCCGUGCCGAAAUCAACCCUCGACAACUGGAAGCGGGAAUUCGCGAAGUGGACUCCUGAUAUCGAUGUCCUUGUGUUGCAGGGCAACAAGGAAGAACGGCAACAGUUGGUCAAUGAGCGCUUGGCUGAUGAGAACUUCGAUGUUUGCAUUACCAGCUACGAAAUGAUCCUCCGUGAAAAGUCGCACUUAAAAAAGUUCGCUUGGGAAUACAUCAUCAUCGACGAGGCCCACCGAAUCAAGAACGAGGAGUCUUCUUUGUCGCAAAUCAUCCGUCUUUUCAACUCCCGUAAUCGGCUGCUAAUUACCGGAACCCCGCUGCAGAACAACCUUCAUGAGCUGUGGGCUCUGCUCAACUUUCUGCUCCCGGACGUCUUCGGCGACUCGGAGGCUUUUGACCAGUGGUUUUCGAGUCAGGAGUCCGACCAGGACACUGUGGUGCAGCAACUUCACCGUGUCUUACGUCCCUUCCUGCUUCGCCGCGUCAAGAGCGAUGUCGAAAAGAGUCUUUUGCCCAAGAAGGAACUCAACCUUUACGUGCCCAUGUCUGAGAUGCAAGUGAAGUGGUACCAAAAGAUUCUGGAGAAGGAUAUCGAUGCAGUCAACGGUGCUGCAGGGAAGCGCGAGUCCAAGACGCGCCUGUUGAACAUUGUCAUGCAGUUGCGGAAAUGUUGCAACCACCCCUAUCUCUUCGAGGGAGCUGAACCCGGUCCUCCGUACACGACCGACGAACACCUUGUCUUCAACUCGGGGAAGAUGUCCUUCCUGGAUAAGAUCCUGAAGCGUAUGAAAGCAGACGGCAGUCGGGUGCUUAUCUUCUCCCAGAUGAGCCGUGUUCUGGAUAUUCUGGAGGAUUACUGUGUGUUCCGUGAAUACGAAUACUGCCGUAUCGACGGCACCACCGCUCAUGAGGACCGUAUUGCUGCAAUCGAUGAAUACAACAAGCCGGACUCCGAGAAAUUCGUUUUCCUUCUCACGACGAGAGCAGGCGGUCUGGGAAUUAACCUGACCUCGGCUGAUGUCGUGGUACUCUUUGAUAGCGACUGGAACCCACAGGCUGACCUCCAAGCCAUGGAUCGUGCGCACCGGAUUGGGCAGACCAAGCAGGUGAAGGUUUUCCGUUUCGUCACAGAGAACGCGAUUGAAGAAAAAGUCCUUGAGCGCGCCGCUCAGAAACUGCGCCUUGAUCAACUUGUCAUUCAACAAGGCCGUGCUCAGCAACAAUCCAACAAAGCUGCCUCAAAGGAUGAGCUGCUCGGUAUGAUUCAACAUGGCGCCGCUAAUGUUUUCAACACCCAAGGUGCUAGUGGAGGCGCCACCGCGUCAAAGGACAUUUCCGAGGACGACAUCGACUCCAUCUUGCGAAGAGGCGAAGAGCGAACUGCUGAAUUGAACAAGAAGUACGAAAAGCUUGGUAUCGACGAUCUGCAGAAAUUCAGCUCCGAGAGCGCAUACGAGUGGAAUGGGAAGGACUUCACCGAGAAAAAGAAAGAUAUUGGCAUCAGCUGGAUUAACCCGGCCAAGCGUGAACGCAAGGAACAGUUUUACUCCAUUGACAAGUACUACCGCCAGGCCCUGGCCACCGGAGGUCGGACGGCCGACUCCAAGCCCAAGGUUCCACGUGCGCCCAAACAAAUUACCGUUCACGACUGGCAAUUCUUCCCGCCUGGGUUGCAGGAGCUCCAAGAAAAGGAGACCGCUAAUUUCCACAAAGAGAUCGGUUACAAGGCCCCGCUGCCCGAGGGCCCAGAGGAGGAGCUCAGCGAACGAGAGGCCGAGCGGGAUCUCGAGCAGCAAGAGAUUGACAAUUCUCAGCCGCUGACCGAGGAAGAGCAAGCCGAAAAGGCCCGCAUGUCGGAGGAGGGCUUCUCCAACUGGAACCGUCGUGAUUUCCAGCAGUUUGUUAACGGGUCAGCCAAGUUUGGGCGAACGGACUAUGUGGGCAUUUCCACCGAAGUGGACAGCAAGGAACCGGAGGAAAUCGAGGAAUAUGCGGAUGUUUUCUGGCGGCGAUACACGGAGAUCCAGGAUUACCCCAAGUACCUGCGGGUGAUCGACCAAGGCGAGGAGAAACUGCGCAAGAUGAACCACCAGCGCAGGAUGCUCCGCAAAAAGUUGGAGAUGUACCGAGUGCCUCUCCAGCAGCUUAAGAUCAACUACACUGUGUCCACCACCAACAAGAAGGUCUACACUGAGGAGGAGGACCGAUUCCUGCUGGUCAUGCUGGACAAGUAUGGCGUUGAGGGAGACGGCCUGUACGAAAAAAUCCGGGACGAGGUCCGUGAAUCACCGCUUUUCCGCUUCGACUGGUUCUUCCUGAGCCGCACUCCGGUUGAGAUCGGUCGUCGAUGCACUACUCUGUUGAACACCGUGGCCAAGGAGUUCGAGCCCAACGGCGAGGGCAAGGGCCGUGGUCGGGACCGCGAAGAGGAUGAGGAGAACGACGCUUCGCCUCCUGCGAAGAAGAAGGCCAAGAAUGGCGCUGUGCAAAACAAGCAGGCCAAGACUAAGGCCGGCAGCAAGACUGCAUCGACUGCGACAUCGCGCGCGGCGAGUGUGUCGAACGCACCCAAGUCCAAAAGUCGAAAGAGGUGA